AUGGCUGCUGAGGCGGAGUGGGCACAAUUACCACAAAUUUCGAUGGACUUGAAUCCAAUUCACCAACUCUGUCAGCCUUGUAUUUUGGUAGCAGAUGCUGUAAAAGACACGAACAAAUCACCAAUUGUCAAAGAAGCAGAAAAGAAGACAUGCAACACAAUUUUGAAGAAUGACUUGGUCUGCAACGGAGCUGUCGAAGUCGCUGGAAUCUAUCUGAAUUGGACUCCAUCCCAAAAGAUUUGCGAGAACUUUCAGAUGUGUGCUCCACUUUUGGAUAACAAAAAGAUGAGAGCUCCGGCUAAAGGAGCAAGGAGACCAGAUGAGGCUUUUGAGAAUGACGAGUUUCCCAUUCUCCAGUCUCGUUUCGCACGACAGACGCAAAACUCAGUAAACCUGUUGGAAAUUCCAGAAGUUCAAAACUUUGAGAAAUGUGAAUAUUUGUAA